GACAUUUCAUAGCAAGCAGUACUGCUGCCCCUUUCUAUUUAACGGAAUACAAACAGUACAAAAGCGGGCAAUUAAGGGAACCGUGAAGCAUUAGGUGAGUUUGCCGUUUAGAAUAAGGGCGAAAAAAUGGAUUUGCACGAAUUUGCUCUCGGCAAAUACGUAGCAAACAUGUAAAAACUGAGGGAUAAAUCUGGGGCAAAGAUGGUAAAUGCCAAUGCCUCUAUAUUUACAACCUGUGUUUUUUGGUAUGCAAAUGUGGCAUUAACCAUCUUUGCCCCAUUACUCCUCCGUUUUUACAUUUUUGCAACAUUCGUGCAAAUCAAAAGUCAAGCCACACUGUAGCAUAGCACGUUUAAAACAAGUUUAGGGUUGUGAAGGGUUUAAUCGGAAUUUCAGCUUGAAGAAAGCAAAUCAUUUGGGAUGAGAUUCUUGUAACUAGCAAGGACCUACCAUAUUCGAGCUGCAACAAUGAAUUUUCUUUAUUAAAUUUAAAAUUGGUAAAUGCGAAAUUCUAAUCGUCUUCACUGUCCAUCAGGCUGUUUAGUUGAUCUUUUGAGGGGAUUAAAGAGAGGCUUUUUCUGGAAUGUGACUUAAAGCACGACCUUUUUUUGUGUCAGCUGGCUACACGUUUUAUGAAGGCUCAGAGUGACUUUGUUUUAAAAGAAAUGGAAACAAAUUAAACGUCUUAAGAAAAGGAAACCUUAUCGUCAUAAAACUAACAUGUAUCUAUAUAAAGGGGCAAAACAGUUUGCGAGGGUAAUUCAAUUAAGCUUAUGCAACACGUCCCUGUAACGAAAUCAGUGAGCUAGUCAUGUCAAAGAACUUCCAGUAACGAAAUCAGUGAUUGAGCCCGUCAUGUCAAAGACAAGGACUGUUUUGACCCUGCUGUAUGCCCCAAUUUACAUUUCUGUAAUUUAUGACGCUUUGUAUCGGCUCCUUUACUUUAGCCUUCAGCAUAGAGUAAACAAUUCGUUACUUGUUUUCCAAUCUGAUGGUUUCUGAGUAGUUUUUUGAUUCAGGCUUGUCCUCAGUUACGAAAGCAUUGCAGCAACUUCUCUUUAUAGUAAGAUACAGUUUUAUUUCAGGAGAAUACAGGAGAUGGUGGGUUCGGGAAUAUUUUGCAGGGGUAUAUCCCCGGCAUAUAUUGCAGGAGCGUAUUUUGGGGAUAUGUUGCAAGGACAGGUGUCCUUGUUUGAUCAAGGUGAACUUGAUCAAGCAAAGAUUUCUCGUAAAAGAUUUUAUAUUUGGUUUUCCCUCUUGACCCCUUAAAACAACGGUUCUAUAUCCCAAUUUGAUCUGAAACUAAGGCAAAACAAUUUACAAGUAGUUGCUCUCGAGUUGCUAAGGUUUUCGUUUUCAUUUUUGAUUAUGUUUCAACAGUCAGACGUUAUUGAUGGCGCAACUUUCUAUUUACCUUCUGCCACUUGUCAUCAUCAUGUGUACAGCGGUUACAGACAAGAACAACAAAUCACUUGACAACAGUGUGAGUUUUUUCAUACCUUUUGCAAACACUAAAUAAAAGGUUUUAAAACUUUGUUCAAGCUAACAGUUCAGUUUCUUUUUAUUCAAGUCUUCAAAAAUACAUUUUGUACGAAUUGUUUCAAUAACAUCUCUAUUUGAAAAUAGUGAUUUCUUGAUCAACUAUAGGCUCUUCCAUCGUGUUAUGGUGUUGGACAACCAGGUACAAAUGGUAUUCCAGGAGUGAAUGGAAUCCCAGGAUCCCCUGGAAUACCUAGUCGUGAUGGACGUGAUGGAGUAAAGGGAGAAAAGGGAAGCCUGGGAAAGACUGGACAACAGGGUCAAGUUGGCUUGAAGGGAAAGCGAGGGGAAAAAGGAGAGAGUCAGGUCCUGGGGAGUGCCUACCUUCCCUCCCACGUGAACUGGAAAGAGUGCUCUUGGAAAAAAGCAGAUGGCAGAGAUACAGGCGAAAUAUAUGUAAGUGUUCGGGUUAAAAAACAAAUGUUUCUUAUUUUGCAUGCUCCUUGGUCGUCUCUUGCAUUUCAUCGCGCUCAGCUUUGUCUUCUCCAUCACGUUUCAUGCUGUUUAAAAUACAUUUUCAGUAGUCAGUUUUCUUAAACGACGAGCUAAUAGACUAUCACUUUCUUUUGCAGAGCUGUCAAUUCAUGAAGAACUUCACGGAAACUGCCCUCCAUGUUUACUUUGAUGGUAAUCUCAGGAUUUACAACUGUGAUAGUUGCUGCAGUCGUUGGUAUUUCACCUUCAAUGGCGCCGAGUGUAGCUCUCCUGGUUCAAUUGAUGGAGCAUUUUAUAUGGCAACAGCAGCUGGCAAAAACCUUCACCGUCACCGUCAUAUUGAAGGACACUGCAAUAACAUUCACAAGGGAAGAGUGCGAGUGGGAUUCUGGGUUGGAAACUGCAAUAAUGGUCAUAAACUUGCUGACGCGUACACAGGGUGGACCACAAUGUCCCGGAUCUUCAUUGAAGAAGUCUCAAGCGCCCAACAGUAA